AUGGACUUUGAGCAUCAUGACUCAAAGAGAAGAAUAAUAAAUUUGAGUGCUGUCUCAAAACUAAUCCAGAACAUUCAGCACGGUCCCCGUGAUGCAUCUAGCAAUCCUAACGUCAAUGUGGAUUUGGUUGGAAAGACAUUGAGGACCAACCCGCAUGCUGCGCAUAAAUGGAAUAAAGGUCUUUCCACACAUAUUUUACGUAAGAUUGUUGAUAACGUGUGUGAUGAAGAUGACAAGAGACAUUGUGUCAUCUUUGACAGUGAUGUGAAUCCUGAAUGGGUGCAGAACUUGAGCAGUGUUCUGGAUGACAACAAACUCCUUACCUUACCCAGUGGUGAACGGUCAAGCAACAAUCUUCUUGAUGAACAAAUACUGACAUGGAAGAUAACAGUGACUAGCUUUUUAGACAAAGGAUUUGUCAAAAACUGGGAAAGUGCAUUGGGAUUUGGUAUACCAAUGUUGAUCCAAGGCGUCAAAUAUCUUGAUCCAAUUCUCAAUCCUGUUUUGAAUAAAGAGCUAUGUACAAUGAGCAGGUGGACGUGUGCUGAUCCAACUAGGUAA